AAUCAAGAUGGAUUAUUUCUUCUAUUGGAGUAAGUGGUCUUCUUUCUUUUGAUUGGGAUUGGGAUUUUUUUCCCCUCCAUUCACCAUCACAGAGGCGCUCUGAGCUCGUUUUGCCUCGAUUCCAACAAAGUGGAACCAGACGUUUCAACACGGACUGCCACGGCGAAGGAUGGGCCCUCUCUUCCCUGCUGCCUGCAUCGUACUGCUGGCUGUGAACGCCGCUGUGUCGCAGGCCGAGGACUACGCUGCGGACGAGGCCGAGGCCGAGCGGGCAGCCAGCAAUGACGUGCUCUUCGACGACUACAGGGGCAAAGGCUGCGUGGACGACAGCGGCUUCGUCUACAAGCUCGGCGAGCGCUUCUUCCCAGGCCACUCAAACUGCCCGUGUGUGUGCACGGAGGACGGGCCAGUGUGCGAACAGCCCGAGUGCCCCAAAAUACACCCCAAGUGCACCAAGGUGGAGCACAAUGGCUGCUGCCCGGAGUGCAAGGAGGUCAAAAACUUUUGCGAGUACAGAGGGAAGACGUAUAAAAUCCUGGAGGAGUUCAAGCCCUCUCCCUGCGAGUGGUGCCGCUGUGAACCCAACAGCGAGGUGCACUGUGUGGUGGCUGACUGUGCGGUCCCAGAGUGCGUCAAUCCAGUGUACGAGCCAGAGCAGUGCUGUCCCAUAUGUAAAAACGGUCCAAAUUGUUACGCCGGAACGACGAUCAUUCCAGCCGGCAUUGAAGUGAAGGUGGACGACUGCACCAUCUGCCGCUGCCACAACGGAGACUGGUGGAAGCCUGCACAGUGCUUGCGGCGGGAGUGCCUCAACGGCCAGGCGUCAUCAUAGAA